AUGAAUCUCAUAAAAUCGUUUCUCAAACAGAACGGUCUAUUUCGCCACCACCUCACCUCCUACAACCACUUCAUAACCACCGACCUAAAAAGCAUCCUAAAAGUAAACAACACCAUUCUAUCGGAUAUAGACCCAACAUUUUACAUGAAAAUGUCUAACAUACGGGUGAACAAGCCCAACAUAAUUGAUAACAUGAUAAUUAGAGACGUAUUGCCCGAAGAGUGCAGAUUGAGAGACUUGAGUUACUUGGGUGAUAUUGUAGUUGAUGUUGAGUAUUGUGUGUGUAGGAAGGUUAGUGUUCGAAAAGAUGUUGUUAUUGGAAGGAUGCCCGUUAUGGUUGGAAGUCUGCUUUGCCAUUUGGGGAGUGUUGGAGAGAAUGAUGAAAUGAGAUGGAUAAGAGAGAGUAUCUUGGGUCAUGGUACGUGUGAAAAUACAGAGAGUGAUGUGAUGGUGGGUAAGAUGCCCGGUGGUGAUAUUGAUAUUGCUGUGGGUGGCACGCAGGCGCACAGAAUGAAAGGCUGUUUAGCGAUAGAAAAUGAUGCAAGUGUGAUCGAUGAAAGUAGCAUUGGUGGAGAAAUGAAUGAAGGAGCGGCCUGUGCCACAUCUUUUACCAGAGAUGAAUGCGGUAUGAGAAAGGAUGUUUUGGCUGAGAACCAUGAGUAUCCUGCGGAUCACAAAGCUGUGGACCGGUCUACCAACAAUAGAACGAAAAGCGGUGCUAUGAAGACUCAACCAAGUACAAGACAAAAUGCAGAUCAAACAUGCGGCUCGUUAUCACGUGACAUAGCACGGAUGAAGGGUCUGUUUACAAUAAAGAGACCGGCACAUCCCAAGGAGUGUCCACUUGACGAGGGUGCAUACUUCAUAAUCAAGGGGGUAGAGCGUGCCAUUCUCAUACAGGAGCAACUCUCCAAGAAUCGCAUCAUAGUAACCAACAAUACGAGCACGGUGUCAUCGUUCACAAGCGAAAGGAAAAGCAGAACAACUGUGGUGCACAAGAACGGCAACUAUUUUGUAAAGAAUAGCGUGUUUACUGAAGAUGUACCGCUGAUCGUGCUGCUGAGAAAUUACGGUGUAGACGAGCACGAGAUCGUCUCUUUGGGAUGUUCGUUGAAUGAUUUGCGGGUGGAUGUGCGCACGUAUCUCAAGAGUGUGUGCAAGGGCAGGGACGGGUUCAUGGACGAGAUCGUGUUGCCGAACGUAAAGCGUGAGGUAAAAGGCUUUUACUUGCUCACGAUGGCACGGCUUAUCGAGCACCAGGGCACGUUACGUGAUUUAGACUUUCUCGGAAACAAGCGUUUUGAACUGUCCGGUUCAUUGCUGUGCCUACUGUUCGAGGAUGCGCUCAAGCGUUUCAAUGAGGAGAUCAAGAAGGGCAUCGAUAAAAUACUGUCAAAACGGAUGCGUGCGCAGGAAUUCCAGCCACUCAGUCUGGUCAGUCUCAACAAUACGAUCACCAACACGCUGUGCAGGGCGAUAAGCACCGGCAACUGGAACAUUGGGCGCUUCAGAAUGGAGCGAAGCGGUGUGAGCACCGCACUGAGUCGCCUGAGCUACCUCAACACUGUUAAUACACUUACACGUGUGGUAUCGCAGUUCGAGAAGACGCGUAAGAUUGCAGGCCCACGCUCACUGCACACCUCAUGUUUUGGAGUGUUGUGUCCCUGCGACACGCCCGAAGGCGAAAGCUGUGGUCUUGUUAAGACUUUGAGCAUGCUCACGGAGAUAACGGUGGACGUGCCGUUCGAUGAAAAGGUGUUUUUGGUGCUUGGCGUGGCACUGGGCAAUUUCAAGAACAGGCUUUUGGUGUUUUUGAAUGGCUGUCCCGUUGGUUCGUGCAAUGAGUGUAUUGCUGGGCGUAUUGUGGGAAUGAGAAGAGAAGGAUUGAUUGAUAAGCAUGUGAGUGUGAGCAGGACAGGCAAUUUCGUGUUUGUUAGUGCGGAUGGUGGACGGAUAUGCAGGCCGUUACUGGUAAAUCCGUACAGGGAUGCGAGUACUGGUAAUGGUGCAGAUCACAGUUUGGACAGGGAUCAUGAACAGGAUUAUAAUCCGGAUGAUGACCGUAACUUGAACGAGGAUGUCCAUAGAACUAAGAAUUGCGGAGGUGCCACGAGUAGUAUCAGCAUGAGCGACCGUCAUCAUGGCCACGGUACCUCUGCAAGCGGUGCUAAUGCGUCCAGCACCUCUGAUGAAGAUCACAACGCUGCGUUCAAACGCUUUCUCAGACGUACCGUGUACAACGAGUACAUGAGCAUAUGUGACCUGGUCCAUAAGGGCGUGAUCGAAUACCUGGACAUAAACGAACAGUGCAACACUCUGAUAAGCCUUAGACAUCGUUACUCAACAAGCCAUACACACUACGAGCUGCACCCUGUAACGAUGCUGAGCUACUCGGCCACAACCAUUCCAUUUCCUGAACAUAACCAAAGUCCAAGAAAUACGUACCAGUGUGCAAUGGGCAAGCAGUCGAUGGGCAUCGCAUGUUUUAACUACAAACAACGCUUCGAUAACGUACUGUUCAUCAAUUACUACGUGCAGCGGCCCGUUACGUAUGGCGAUUAUGUACCAGAGGUACUUUCUGGACAGAAUGUGAUGGUAGCUGUGAUGAGUCUCAGCGGAUAUGACAUUGAGGAUGCGAUUGUUUUGAACAAGAGCAGUUUGGACCGAGGGAUGGCACGUGUUACUGUUUAUAAGAGUUAUAGUGUUGGGAUAGGGCGGUACGGGGAUGGUAGCAGUGAUGUUAUUUUACCUUUCAAGGAUGAAGACCUGGGUGUAGGUGGAAAAAGGAGUGAUGAGAUUAAGGGAGGUGCUGAUGAGAUGAGGGGAGGUGCUGAUGAGAUGAGGGGAGGUGCUGAUGAGAUGAGGAGAGGUACGGAUGAGAUUAAGGGAGGUGCUGAUGAGAUGAGGGGAGGUGCUGAUGAGAUGAGGAGAGGUGCUGAUGAGAUGCUUAGAAAGGGGAGCAAACAAUGUCAUGAGAACAGGCAUGGCAGCCAUAAUGAGCAUAUCCGCAAUGAUAGUGGUAAAAAGCACAGCCAUAACUCCGUGAGCAGUGCAAACACCAGCAUAACGAUGAAUGAUGGAAUACGAUGCGUGGGUGAAAUAGUAAAGAACGACAUCCUCAUCAACAAGUAUUCACCAAAAGGAGCGUUCAACGGGUUAUUCCACAAAAAGUUAGCAAUUGUUGACAGGGUGGUGGUCACAGACACGCUCAUAAAAAUAAAAGUGAGAGAAACACGUACACCGGUGGUAGGUGACAAGUUUAGCAGUAGGCAUGGACAGAAGGGCGUGGUAGGUCGUAUUAUGAGAGCUGUUGAUUUACCUUUUAAUGAGAGAGGAAUUGUUCCUGAUCUGAUCAUGAAUCCGCAUGGGUUUCCCAGUAGGAUGACGGUCGGAAAGAUUAAGGAGGUUGUGGCUGGUAAGGUUGGAGUAUUGCUGGGUAGGAGAAUGGAAUGCAGUGCGUACAGCUUUAAUGAGUGUGAUUAUGGUGGAGAAUGUGGUAAUGAUGGCAGUGACAAGUACUUCACAUGCAACGAUAGAGCAGCACUCAAAACGAUAGAGGAUUAUUGCACCGUCCUCAAAUCGCUUGGUUACAGCUACUCAGGCAAGGAGACAUUCUACAGCGGUACAACGGGCAAACCGAUCCCAACGCACAUAUUCUUUGGUCCCGUGUACUAUCAGAGACUAAAACACAUGGUAGAGGACAAAAUACACGCCCGCAAUAUCGGAAAAAGAACGGUGCUGACACGGCAACCUACGGAGGGACGUAGCCGAGAUGGUGGUUUAAGGGUGGGUGAAAUGGAAAGGGACUGCCUGGUAGGGCACGGAGCUGCUGAAAUGCUAAGAGACAGGCUGCUGUUCAGCAGUGAUGUGGUUGAUGUAGGGGUGUGCGACAGGUGCUGUGUAAUUAGGGAUAAGGGAGGAGCGUGCUGUGGGCGGGUUGUUGAUGUUAAGGUGCCUUACGGGUGUAAACUGCUGUUCGUUGAGUUGAUGGCUAUGGGCAUUUAUCCCAGGAUUAAGGUUGGGAAGUACUGA